AAUUCUUGGAACACUCACAUGUGUUUUAGAUGUUGACCUUUUCUCCAUCCUCCUGUAUGGGUUUUUGUAGAUGUAGAAGGUGAAAGUGCAUGUUAAAGUUACAUAUAUGGCUCUGAAUAAAAUACAGACGUAUCAUGGGAGUUUGUUCAGGUGUCUCCAGGAAGUGAUAUCUCGGAGAUGUUUACUUGCUGUGUCCUCGUUUCACACCACAACCACCCAGUCAAGCUCCAACAGAUCCUCUGUGGUUCGCUGUAGCAGACAGAAAUAUGAGCGAAUGUACCCGGUCUUGCUCAUUCGUCCAGACGGCUCCACCAUUAAUAUCAGAUACAAAGAACCUCGGAGAAUUAUAAUGAUGCCUGUGGACAUUACAACUCUGUCAGAGGAGGAGAGAAAGGCCAGGAUGCGAAAGAGGGAUCCAAAGAAGGGAGUGGCCAAACGAAAGGAUGAUGAAUUUGAGGAUGACUUUAAACUGGAGGACUACAGCAAGUUCUGGAAGAAAACAUGAACAGAUUGGCGUAUUUUAUUCAGCAUAUUUAUGCAGUUUCACAUGUAUAGAGCUUGUGCUGUUGUUGUGUUUUUUGUUUAUCAUCAAAUCAUUAAAAAUUCUUAAAACUGCAGAAA